AUGGCCGACAAGACUUACAAGGGCAGCUGCUCCUGCGGCGCGAUCCAAAUCGAGGUGCAGGGCGGUCCUGCGCAUGUGGCCCUUUGCCACUGCCGCAAUUGCCACAAGACCACGUCGUCGACUUACAGCCUCAAUUGGGUCGUGCCCCGGACCAACUUCAAGGUUGUCGCCGGCGAGCCCACGACGUACAUUGCCACCGGCGGCAGCGGCAACCCGGUCGAGCGCAAGUUCUGCAACAAGUGCAGCUCGACGCUGUGGACCGAGUCGGCCUCGUUUGCCGGUGUUGUCGUGGUCAAGGCGGGCGUCAUGGACGACAAUGCCUUUGCCGAGUUCCAGCCGGCCAGCGAGACGUUUACGUCGCGCAAGCCUGGCUGGGUGCCGGUGGUCGAGGGCGCUGCGCAGUUUGAAGAGGCCUGGAAGGCGCCCGCUGCUAAGGAGUAG